AUGAGCACUCUUUCUAGCUUCAAGGUACUGGGGAACCUGAGAAUGGGCAUGUACCUAUGGUUUGGCAUCGAGGGAGACGGCACCACCUGGGCUGGGGCUGACGAUCAGGAUCGUACUCCCAAUCUGGCAACCCUAAUGCCGGCAUCGACUGAGACACUUUAUUUCUCACGCACGCAGCAGGGUCAAAGUGCUUACGACUGCAUUAAAAAGGUUACUCCAGGCGUAAGAGUCGUGCACGCCGAAGCUGCGGAGGAUCGCUUUCGAAGCGGACAUCAUGGGAGGGAUGACAUGCUUGACUACUCACGCUUGGACCUUCUGGCCAAGGAAGUGGGUGUUGAUAUCUCGAAAAUCGAUGUUAAAGGGACCGAGAGAGGUUGGUGUAACUAUGGAUCUUUAACUUGUGCUGCUGAAUUGACGGCGAAAUGA